AUGGCGUCUCAUACUGCCGGCAAGGCGGCUAAGGAGCGACAGAAGCAGCUCUACGAGGGCAAGCGCGAGAGGGAGUUCUACCGGUAAGCAGAACCUCCAUACGAUGCGAGAUGCCCUGGCGCAAUCUCUGAUGACUGACAUGUUGGGCAUGACAGAUAUUAUCAGCCUAUCCGCGAAUUGACCAAGGCUGGUCCUCCGCUAUGCGACCUGGCAGACGCACACGCAGUCAGGGCCCACCGCCCUUUCUCCUCGCCAGACCGCGCCCUCACCGCGUUCUGCCAACUGGGUGCCUUGAGGCUGGAGACGCGCCGGGCGAUGCUCUUCUUCUUCGACUCCAAUUAUGCCUAUGUUCUUGCGGAAGCAACCCGCACGCUCAGUCUCCAGAAUGACUCGGUCAUGGUGCAGGAGGACGACCUAUGGCUUGGCCAUACCGUCAUCCCCCGCGGCUUUUCCGUUUGUGAGCAUACUGUCAAUCUUCCCUCCAACCAAGGAUCAAAUAAGGACGACCCGACUUCGAGCGGCCUGAUACACAUCGUCAACGACCUGAGCGAUGACACGCGAUUCUGUGAUCGGCCAUUUGUCACCGGCGAGCCGAAUGCGAGAUUCUACGCUGGCGUUCCGAUUACUACCCCUCGAGGAAUCAACAUUGGCGCCUAUUGUGUUUUGGACGACAAGAAGCGUGAAGGACUGAGCACGGAUGGCAUGAACUUCAUGCGCGACAUGGCCGCUACGGUCAUGACCCAUCUGGAGAUGGUCCGCGCCACGGCCGAGCACAAAAUCGGCACACAGAUGAUUGCUGGGCUCGGUGCCUUCAUUGACGGCGCUUCUGGAUUUCGUGACUGGGCGGCGCAGAAUGGCGAUUUUGGACUGGACAAGGAUCCGCACCUAUCGCAUCCGAUGAAAGUGCAGCCUAUGACGGCGAACGCGUCUGCAGUGGCUCAAGCAGCUGUGCAAGUGGGGGAGCAUAUCGAGGAGGAGCGCCGCACGAGUACGGUAAGCUCCUCACCAAGACGUCAAAGAUCGCGCGGAGCAACGAUGACCAACAGCCAUCUUCUACAGCCCUCCGCCAAGUCACAAGCAACGCUCAAGAACAAGAGAAGCGCCGAACGAUUCGAUCCUGAUCCGGCUGCAGUCAGCGCUCAGAAGACGUUCGAACGAGCCGCCACCCUGCUCCGCGAGGCAAUGAGUAUCGAUGGAGUGUUGUUCUUGGAUGCUGCGGUUGGCACCUUCGGCGGACUCGUAGAGACCAGUCCGACGGAAUCUAUCAGCAACACCGAGCAUAGCUCGGACUGCCACGGAAGCGGCGCAGAGGCGACAACUGGAACCGAAGGCGAAGAGAAACUAACAAGGAAGCCGGGCGAGGAUGCAAACCGCACACGCAAGCUUUGCCACAUCCUUGCAUCUGCUGCGAUCAAGGAUGCAGAAGUAGGAUCAGCGCAGGAGACUCACUUCAACGGAAUUAAGAAACCUGAGGAGAUGACGGAAAGAUUCCUCCGCUCUCUAUUACGACGCUAUCCACGGGGCAAAAUAUGGAGCUUCAAUGAAUACGGCGAUGCAUCAUCGGAAGACGAGUCAUCCGAAUACAAUACCGAUACUGGCUCUUGUCGAUGCUCUAGAAACACAAGGCCCUCGGAUCUCCAAGGCCACAGUCCGUCAUGCUCGAAAAGGCGAAGAAAUAGCAGACUGGACGACUGCAAAGAAAUCUUGCGCCUAUUACCUGGCGUGCGUAGUGUCGGUCUCGUGGGAAUGUGGGACCACACUCGUCAGAGAUGGUAUGCAGCAAGCAUAUUCUGGUCGUAUUCACCGCUUCGGCUGUUCUCUGAAGAGUCGGAAGUGAAGUAUAUGCAAGCUUUCUGCGACGUGAUUCUGGCCGAGCUGCACCGUCUAGAAGCGCAGAACUCUGACAGAGCGAAGUCGGACUUCAUCUCGACCAUAUCGCAUGAGCUACGCUCGCCGCUACACGGCAUACUCGGAAGCGUAGAGUGUCUGCAGGAACAAGAGACUGACUCCUUUAGUGUGGGUCUCAUAUCUCAGAUUGAGAUCUGCGGCAGAACGCUUCUGGACAUCAUAGACCAUCUUUUGGACUUCAGCAAGAUCAAUCACCAGGCGAGAUCAAAGAAUGGUGCCCUGGCUGAUGCGCAAGGCCGCAGGCUGUCGAGCACCGGCAAGCGGAUUAGAAUGGGUGGCAUGAUGGCGCUCGAUACCGAUGCCGCUCUCGAUCACGUUACAGAAGAAGUAGUAGAGACCACGGUCUACUCUUUCUGCUGCAGCAGAGACGCCGAAAUGAUCAUGAAUCGCAAGGUCGCUGUCAUACUGGAUAUCGACAGAUCACCAGAUGUCGACUGGAAGUGCCACAUUGCUCUUGGAGCCUGGAAACGAGUCUGCAUCAACCUGGUGAGCAAUGCACUCAAGUACACAAGUUCAGGACACAUUCGAGUAUCGCUCAGAGCCAGCCCAAUUCCCGACAAGCGCAAGCGAUUUCAUGUCACCUUUACUGUGGCCGAUAGCGGUCGCGGUAUGUCGCGAGAUUUCCUGGAGAACCAAUUGUUCCGCGCAUUUGCCCAGGAAGACAGUCUAGUUGAGGGCACCGGUCUGGGCAUGAACCUCGUGGCUAAGAUUGUCAAAGCAUGGGAUGGAAGAAUAGAGGUACAGAGCGAGAAAGGCGUGGGCUCGAGCUUCUCAAUUACUCUGCCGCUGGAACGAAGCCGUAGCAGCAGUCACGCUUGGUCGAAGCACGCUACACGAUCAAUCGAGCGGUCGAUUGCAGGCAUCACAGUCGGCGUCAUUGACAAUACAUCAACGCCUCUGGCCUCUGGAAACCAAGUACCCGACGAAACAGCAAGAUCACUUCUCCUGCAAAGCGUUCACCAUACACUCGCACAGGUCGGAGUAAAUGCCGCGAUGUGCGCAUGGGCGGGCGAAGAGAAAGCCGACAUGUACUUUGUUACAGAGGGCGAGUUAAGUCAGGAGCUGCAACGACGGCAGGACAUGGGCUGUACAGACAUACUGAUGUCUCCGAGCGCUCUUAGCAACAAGCCGUUCAUUGUGCUUUGCGACAGCACUCUCUCCGCAAGGCGAAUCAGGGCACCUGGCUUGGGCAACAUCGCUACUGGAUAUGUGGAGCUUGUCGCUCAACCAGCUGGGCCUGAUCGUUUAGCAAAGGCAAUUCACUCUUGCCUCAAGCACAGAGACUCGGUCAACAAGAUCCAAGCGGUGGCCGGGACGUUGAAGGACGUGCCGGCUGUGGUCUCUCAUCCAGAACCGAGCACCGUUGCGCACUCCAUUCCCAUCAGGCCCAGGAAAGAUACCCACAUCGGGAGCCCGACUGGAGAUAAGACCAAAGAUGAUAGCCCCAACCGGUCGGGAGAUGAGCACGCGGUCACACAGGAGGCUCGCUCUGCGGAGCUAGAGCGCGGACUUGCGUCUGACUACAAGUUCCCUAGGGUCCCAACACCAUCACUCAACGGCUCGACUUUCCGGGUCAGCGAUGAGCCUUCACCCAAGGGAAAGCCGAUUCGCAAGAAAUCGCCGGACAGCAAACCAAACUCUGGCGUGUCCCUCCUUCUGGUUGACGAUAAUGUAAGCCUUGACUCACAAAUCAUCAUGGAUAGUGACGCUAAUGUCUCUCGUAGCCUAUCAAUUUACAGCUCCUUGUGACGUACGCGGAGAAGUUCGGUCAUCGCAAGACAGUCGCCACCGACGGCCAGCAAGCAGUGGACGCAUACAAGACUGCCUGCUUAGAGGGGUCAGCAUCGAGCCCAUCGUCGGAUCAAGGCCAGAAGCCGGAGAUGGUACGCAAUGACAGCGGCAACGACAGCUCACAAGCCGUGACCAACGAGGUCGAGACCCUCCAAACGUCCAAGCCGAACGUCAUUCUCAUGGACAUCAACAUGCCUUGUCUGAAUGGUUUCGAAGCGACACGACAAAUUCGAGGGUUCGAAAAAAUGAUGGGCAUUGAGCCUGCUACGAUUAUUGCUCUCACGGGGUUGGGUAGUGCGAGCGCGCAGCAGGAAGCUUUUAGUUCUGGGUUUGAUAUGUUUUUGACUAAACCUGUACGGUUGAAGGAAUUGACGAAGAUACUGGAUGGGAUCAAGAGACCCUGA